AUGCUCGAUGGUCGAUCGCUGAGGGAUCUGUCUUCAGGAAUCGAAACUGAAACAAAUGUAAGACUAAUAAAGGAACAUCCAUCAGUAAAGGGACACCUAUCACCCAAGAGGAGACGGACAAACCCAGAAAUAUCCAUGGCUGCUGUCACUGGUAGAGGUUCUGCACCCAGACCGAGCAACCAAAGGUGGAAGAUACAGCCAAAUGAAUUCAAAAGAAAUUAUUUGCCUGACAAACAUCCAAAGGUGGUGUACCUGCUGUAUGAAAUCAGGUGGCGCAAAGGUACCACCUGGAGGAACUGGUGCUCAAACAAUUCUACCCAACAUGCUGAAGUCAACUUCUUGGAAAACUGUUUCAAGGCCAUGCCAUCAGCUUCUUGCUCCAUCACCUGGGUCCUAUCUACUACACCCUGUGGGAAAUGCUCCAGAAGAAUUCUGGAGUUCCUGAGGGUACAUCCCAAUGUGACCUUGGAAAUAUACGCAGCCAAGCUGUUCAGGCACUUGGAUAUCCGUAACCUGCAAGGUCUCAGGAGCCUGUCAACAAAUGGAGUCAUUAUACGUAUCAUGAAUCUUUCAGAUUACAGUUACUGCUGGAAAAGAUUUGUUGCAUAUCAACAUGGAGAAGAUGAUUAUUGGCCCUGGAGCUUCUCUUCAUACAUCUUUCUGAAUUGUAUGGAGCUCUUUCAUAUCCUUUCGGGUCUUCCUCCAUUGUGGGAGAACUGAAUACUAACAGGCAUCAGCAGCAUGCUUUUAAGCAUUUGUGCAUCAUUAUUUACAAGACCUGAAAAGCCAGUCCCUGGCAAUCUUUUCUACUGCAACCUUGAACUACGAGCUUCAUCCUGCCACCAGAGAAGGCUCUUACUGCUGACUGGGCAUUGCUAAGUGUCAGAAGGAGUACAUGAGAAACCAUCAGGAAGCUUGGAUGUGCAGCUGGGCAGCCAAGACACAGUGCUCUGGGUCUUUACAAGACUCUCUUUCCUGAGAGUCCAGUGGGGAUGAAGACCAUGCCCCAGGAUCAGAACUUUCAUGUCUGCUGAUUCUGCAGUCAGAUCCUGUGAGUACCCUCUUGAGAGGCCAGCGUGUAACAUCUUUCAUGUUCUGAUCUGUUCCAAAGAAGUAAUAAGAGCAAUGCAUUCUGUUUGGUUUUGGGUUUUUUAUGAAUAUCACC